UGUAUUAUCAUACUAAUCUGGGUGGUUUCCGUGAUUAUUGGUGUCCCGGAUGUCGUUUCUGCACACGUCAGCUCUUUUGAAACCAAGUCUGGAGAAAUGAUGAAAAUCUGCGUCCACUAUCCACCGACUUGGACCCACAUGUAUCCAAAGGUGCACAGCCUGGUACGUUUCGUCAUACUCUUCGCCCUUCCACUUCUUAUAAUAAGCUUCUGCUACGUCAGACUUACGAAUAGGCUUCUUCAGCCAAUCACAGACUACGACGUGGCGCCGCCGCAAAAUGGCGGCGAAUUCAACAGCUUUGGCGCGUGUAAACAUACGGAGGCAGACAAGGUCAUGCUGGAGCAAAUCCCGCGGAAGGGUACGGUCAUCAGGCGCCGGGAACACUUGGCGAAACUAGUCCUCCUUCUCGUUAUAUUCUUCGCCCUGUGUUGGUUUCCCAGACACAUCUUCCUCCUUUGGUACCACUUCGACAGCAGCCCUUUCAAUCAUUUCUGGCACAUUUUCAAAAUGGUCGGAUUCUGUUUGACAUUUAUCAACUCUUGUAUUAACCCUUGGGUGAUCUAUUCCCUCGAUAUGACCUUCAAGAAUUACUUUCGGAGGCAUUUAUGUUGCUGCUGUUACAAACGGCCUAGUGAGGAAAUGAUCCCGUUAGGAGAUCCAACUGUUGACAUGAGCGCCACCUUAGAUCAGUCUGCAACCUUCGUGUGAUUUCGUUCAAAUAAGAAUGUCUAAGUUUAUUACUAAUUGAACCAAUCAACUUUUAUUGCGGCAAUUUAAUACAAUGAUUAGAAAAUUAUGAUUGGAAUAUACAUCACUGACCCAAUUGCAGGUAGUUAAGUGGCUGCAGGUUUGCAUGUAUCAAGAAUCUGUGCUCCGUGUUGGGUAUAGAUGCAGUUUUUGAAACUGAUGUGGUGUAUUGAAGUACCGGACGACCGAAACCGAAAAUCUCCAUGGUCUGUUUGGCUGACAGAGUAUUCCAUGUAUCCUCCUAAGUUGGAAUUUAUAUUGCACUGAUACUUGUAUAUGUAAACGUUGUUGCACAAGUAGUUGGAUCUGGACAAUGUGAAGGACUUUAUAUAUUUUGCUCUUGGAGGAAGAUAGUAUGAUCUACCUUAAGUCCUUUGGAUCGUCAAAUAAACGAUACGUUAGCGGUUUUCUCGUUUGUCAUCAACUUGUAUUUAAGACUGUACGCAGAAGUGGUUGUUCUGGAUUUGGAUGGUGUAGUGGCUAAUGUAAUAGGUGUCAUUAAUGUGAGCUGGACUUUUAGGAAAUCUUUCUACGUUUCGUCGUUUAACUUAUCUUAUACUUUUAGACUGUGCACAGAAGUAGUUGCUCUGGGUUUGGAUGGUGUUUCUGAUUUAAAGGACGCCCAAUAUUGUACACGUAUCAACUACAAACACUCGACGUUUUCUCUGUUUAGCAAGCACCGGAAAAGCUACAAGAUUUCAUGGACUUUUGUGUUUCUUGACGAAAUUGUGUUUUUUUUCGAACCCUGGAGCCCUCAACGCCGGUUACAAGAAACCAUGACUAGCACAUCAGGAUGCGUCGUGGCUGUUGUGGCGUCUAUAAUAUUCAUCUUGGUAUGUCUCGGGAACGGAACGUUGAUAUUCCUCAUCGUCAAACACAAGAAACUCAGAACGAUCCAGAACGCUUUUCUGUUGAGCAUUUCCGUAGCGGAUUUGUUAGUCGGGGUGGUGUGCCUUCCCGUCUUUGGAGCAACAUAUGCUUUUCCGAACACUUGGAUGUUCGGGGUUGCGAUGUGCAAAAUUUAUGGAUGUCUAACAACUGUGUGUCCUGCUUUGUCGAUUUUUACUUUAACAUUCUUAAGCAUUGAGUGUUGUACAAACAUAUACCGCCAAUCAAGCACCAGCGGUCUGUCUAGCUAUGGAAAAGUUGCUAUUUUAUUUCUUCUAUGGUUUGUGUGUCUGUGCCUGGGACUCCCAAACUUGAUAUUUGCGAACAUCACAACAUUGCAGUAUGGGGAACAAGCGGACAUAUGUUUUCAGCACCCAGUGCAUCUGCAGGGAAGCUACACCAGGGUCGAUGCGCUUGUACGCUUGUUCAUUUUCUUGGUUAUCCCUGCCCUUAUCAUCGCAGUCUGCUUCACGCUCAUCGCUGUCAAGGUUUUCUCCAUCGGGUACUGGAGUACCAGCGCAGGUGGAAACGUCUACCCAACCAACUCGGAGACGACACAGGAAGCUGAAGAGGAACAGUCACUCUCCCAGGUUGCAGACCCGAGAAUCAGCGCUGGUACAGAGUCACGUUACCCUAUCCUUAUUAUGACUCUCUCUGCUGCCUUUACAUUUUGUUGGAUUCCCUUUCAUGUGUAUAUGAUGUGGUUCUUUUACGAUUCGGCUGAGUUUAGUCACGCCUGGCACGUCUUCAGAUUGUUUGCCUUGUGUUUGUGUUUUGCCGAUUGUUGUGUCAGACCGUGGAUUGUCUUCGGUCUUGAGAAAACAUUCAAUCAUUAUUUCAAAAAGCACCUUUGGUGUUGUGUUAAAAGAACGGCAUCAAAUGAAAUGAUCCCGUUAAAUGAAAAUGGUGAACAGUAAAUAACACAACCUA